AUGUUCCAAAUUACAUUUUAUUUCAUCAACGCAGUAGAAGCCACGCGCUUAUUAUUUCACGAAAAGAAGCAUGGACGUCGAACAAGGUAUUUUAUAGGUACGCUUGCUCCCAAAAAUCUUGUCUAUUAUCGCGACCGAGUCGGUCAAUCCUUUUCAUUUUUGAUCACUGGAAAUGUCCAAGGACCUGUCUAUGGUACCAAUAUUUAUACCGAUGAUUCGGAUCUGGGCACUGCUGCUGUUCAUGCUGGCAUUAUCAAAGUUGGGGAAACAAAAACAGUUGAUGUGAAGAUUUUACCUGGGCAAUCGAGCUAUCUCGGGUCAGCUCAGAAUGGUAUAGCAUCAUCAUCGUAUGGUCAUUGGCUGGGAAGUUAUGUUUUUAUUGAAAAUAUGAUCAGUUCUGUCACAGAUUCGAUGACAUUGAUCAAUUUUCGAGACAAGAUAGGACAAUCGUUCUGCUUCUUAGUUACGGGUGAUCUCGGCAUGCCAAUUUAUGGCACCGAUAUUUAUACUGAUGAUUCAAAUAUUGAUGCGGCUGCAGUUCAUGCUGGCAUCGUGAAAGUUGGAGAAACUAAAGAGGUUAUUGUGAAGAUACUACCUGGUCAAGCGAGCUAUCAAGGAUCAACUAAAAACGAAAUUACAUCUUCUUCAUUUGGACAAUGGAUGGGAAGCUUUAGAUUUGGAGAUCAUAUCACUCCAUCUAUGCCAACUGUGACAAAUCUUACAGGUCACCGGGACAAAGUAAAUCAAGUUUUAUCUAUCACAGUUGUUGGAUCAUUGGGAGGCGUCGUUUACGGCACAAAUAUCUACACGGAUGAUUCUAUUAUCAAUACUGCUGCAGUACAUGCUGGUAUUGUCAGUGUUGGUGAAACAAGAACGGUUGACGUAAAGAUUCUACCGGCUCAAACUAGCUAUCAAGGUUCAACACAGAACGGAGUAACUUCAUCAUCGUAUGGGUCAUGGAUAGGAAGUUACAUGUUUACGUGCAAAACUAUUAGUUGCCCUAUGGCUCCUACCGACCUCUUGAGUUUUCGAGAAAAACUAAAUCAAGUGUUCUCUUUUGUAGUCACUGGAGCAAACGAAGGUCCUGUGUUCGGAACGAAUAUCUAUACAGAUGAUUCAAAUCUAGCUGUUGCUGCAGUCCAUAGCGGUAUGGUAACAAGGGGCGAAACCAAAGUUAUCAUUGUACAAAUUCUACCUGGACAAUCAUCGUAUUGUGGUACAGCACAAAAUGGUAUAACUUCGGCACCGUAUGGUACUUGGAUGGGUAGUUAUUCAAUUCUUGCUAGUAUACCUACUUUCAAAAUGGCUGUAUCAAAUCUAACCAAUUAUCGCAAUAGGGUUGAGGAAACUAUUUCCUUUACGGUUAUAGGUGCAAUGGGAGGAACAGUGUGGGGUACAGACGUUUACUCGGAUGAUUCAAAUGUGGCUGUUGCAGCCGUACAUGAAGGUGUGGUUCAAGUCGAUGAAAUGAAAACAGUUAACGUGAAAAUUUUACCUGGACAAGCAAGCUAUGAUGGUAGUACUCGUAAUGGAAUCACCACGCUUUCAUUUGGUUCAUGGUCAGGAAGUUUUGCUUUCGUUGACAAUCCGACAAAUUCCGGUGAAAAAGCAUCUUUUUGA